AACUACAUCCGAUCGAAAUUGUAUUUCAUUCGAUCGUUCGUUUUAAACAGCAAAUGUGGAAAUUUUAUUAUUUUUCGUCCUUCCGCUGAACCAUAGUGCCUUGUCGUUGUAUCGUAGUUGAACAAUAGUGUAACGCCCGUUGACGCACAGGAAAGGGAAAAACGCCAAUGGGUAUGAUUGCGGUGGAGGUGACUGCGUGAUUGAUACCAUUAAUUGUACGAAGCGGUGGAACGACGGGAAAGGGGAAGGACAGGUAGGCCGAGUAUGCAAGGUGCGCUUGAAGCCAUCAGCGACGGGUUGAAACGCACUCACUCUGGCACACGUGGUACCCGGGGACCGGGUUUUGGGACACUCGUGCGAACGAGACGGAUCGUCGUACAUUAUGCGUCGUUAUGGGGUGUGAGUGGCUGCUUUUUUUUUGCGCGCGCGCUUGUUUCUUUCAUUUCUGGCCACCGUCAGCGCCCGUUCACAGUCAGGCGAACGCAGUCAGCCGAUCGUCGCAGUCAUCGCGAGAUCGUUCCACGGAAAGGGUGCCGCCGUACGGCCGUUCCAAGGAAACCGUUGCAACGCGCGGGUUUCGAUUUUUUUUAGUACACGGGAUAAUGGUGUGUUUUGUGUUUUCCCUUCCCUACGGUUGGGAAUGAUAUCACGAGUGAAGUGCGUCUGGGUUGUCUGGGAAUUAUGAGAGUUUCAAUGGAAUGAGCGUACCUUUCGCGCGGUGUGGUAUUCCUUCCAUGUGGCAAAAACACUCGAAGAAUUAAUUAGGCAUUAGACUGCCAUUAAUAAAGGCAGGAGGCCUAUUCGGUGCAUAUGGACACUAACUGUCUGCGGUGUGGUGUGUGUUCUUUUGUUUGCAAUUCUAUUUUCAAACGCGUGCAAUCGCAACACGGCGAAGCGUUUGAAUCGGCACCUCGGAGUUAAUCCCUCAGCUAUUAUGCUCCAAACCAAAGGCCACAUUUUGUGCAUGUUUGUUUGUGUGUGUGUUGUGUGUACGCAUUUGCCGAUAUGAGUUGGUGAAUGGUGCCGUAAGCGCGUAUCAAAGUGCCCAGUGAUCGACUAGAAUCGAAGAAUAUUGCGUGAAAGGAGGGAGCAUUGUGGUGGUGCAUAACUUUGCGUUGUGUGUGCGCUAUCUGUAGUAACUUCUGCUUUGUUAAAACAAAACAGAAAAAAAAUUGGAGGCUCCAACCACAGCAUGGCUUACCUUUCCGAUGUGGAUCUCGCAACGCUACACAAGUCACGCCUCGAAGAGCGCGUACAAUAUCGGCUCUCAGCAAUGUGGACGCAUGCUGCGGAACAGAGUCGGGAACAAUCGCUCGCAGUGUCGUCAUCAACAGCGUCGCCACCGGCAAUGUUUGGUGAUCGUGAAACGGCAAACUACAGGGCGGCCAGUACGGCGUCCACAGACCGAACCUCUGUAGAUGGUACGGCACGUCUCGAAACGCACCCAAAACCUAGUGAUAUAGUGAACAAUAACGUGGCGGAACGUAGCCCAAAAGAAUCGAGUGUUUUGGGCAGUGGCACUUCGCUUGCUAAGAGAAGUUCUUUUGAACAGAAGCUCACUACAAUGGAACGACCGCUCCAUCAACAACAGUUACUGCAGCAGCAGUACAACUUCAACGGUCAUGUGAUACGCCCUAGGAUAAGAAGUAGUAACAGCAUGUCCAGCAGCAGCUCGACGGCAUCCAACUAUCAUCAUCAGCAUCAUGCGAGCAGCAGCAGUAGCGGAGGUGGCGGCAAGCACGUCGAGUGGAGUGAUGACGAUCACCUGCACGACGAUGGAUACUUCUCGUCCGACACUCGCCGAAGAAGGUCCGGUACAUGGCCGCGAACACGAAGUUUGAAUGCACCGUCCCCGUUUCAACAAUUUGGACCAUGCGGUCGAAUUAUGAAAAACUCGGCGAUGGUGAUGCAAAUUCAGGAUCCGGCUAGUCAGCGGUUAACGUGGUACAAACCACCACUGGCAGUGCUGGUCAUUAAGAAGGUUCGUGACUCGAAGGUGCUACAGCCGUUCGUACAGCUGGUGGAGUGGUUAAUCCACGAGAAGCAUAUGGUCGUCUGGGUGGAGGCCGCCAUACUGGACGAUGCAUUGCUGACCGGUGACAAGCGCUUUACCAAGUUGCAGGACAAGCUGAUCACGUUUAAGGACGGGCGUGACGAUCUAACGGAUAAGAUCGAUUUCAUCAUCUGUCUCGGGGGCGAUGGAACGUUGCUGUAUGCGUCACUUCUGUUCCAGAAGUCCGUUCCACCCGUUAUGGCAUUCCAUCUGGGGUCGCUUGGAUUCCUUACACCGUUCCAGUUCGAUAACUUCCAGGAGCAGGUGACGAACGUGCUCGAGGGACAUGCGGCACUUACGUUACGCAGCCGGCUGCGGUGUAUUAUCGUGCGCAAGGAUAAAACGGAGCAGGAGAUCUCCACCUUCAAAUCGUCUCAGGAUCCGUCGACCAACAUACUGGUACGAGUGGAACGGAACACCUCACGCGGAGAGAGAAUUCACGUGGCUUUAAUACUGAACUUUUAUUUCCAGGUGCUAAAUGAAGUUGUCAUCGAUCGGGGACUAUCGUCCUACCUAAGCAACAUUGAUCUGUUUCUGGACGGCAAGCACAUCACUUCGGUGCAGGGCGACGGAUUGAUCGUGUCGACACCGACUGGCAGUACGGCCUAUUCGGCUGCCGCUGGUGCCUCGAUGAUACAUCCAUCAGUGCCCGCCAUUCUCGUAACGCCGAUAUGUCCUCAUUCACUCAGCUUCCGACCCAUCGUACUGCCAGCGGGAGUGGAACUGAAGAUUGCAAUAUCUCCGGACAGUCGAAACAGUUCUUGGGUAUCGUUUGAUGGUCGGAAUCGUCAGGAGUUACUGCACGGUGACAGUCUUCAUGUCACCACCUCUAUUUACCCGGUGCCAAGUAUAUGCGCGCAGGAUCAGAUUGCCGAUUGGUUUGAUUCGUUGGCCGAAUGUCUACACUGGAAUGUGCGCAAGCGACAGAAGUGUCUGGACGAGCUGUCCGAUCUGACCGGUUCCGGUACGGAGGACAGCGCGAUCGAUGAUAUCGUACGCGGUAUGGAGAAUCUCGAAAAUUGAUCCGUACCGCGCAGUACUGUACGCAACACAAAAGGAGCUACAAAAGAUCAAAUCGAAGCUAUCGUACUCUGCGUCAACAAGGCAAAAGGCAAGAGUACAAAGUGAUCAGAACGUAAAAGCAAUCGUUACGAGGGAUAGUGUUAUGUGUGUGUGUUUGUGUUUGUAUGAUGUACGUGUGUGGAUCCUUUCAUGUAUUUUUAGGAAGGAGUAGUAGUAGCGAAACAGAAAUGUUGCGGAUCUCAUGCAGUGAAGUAGCAAAAAGGCGGCGCAAGGUAUGUGUUUGGUUCAGGUCGAAUUUCAGUGUCCUUUUAGUUAUGGUUCCAAGCGAUAGCUUGGAGAACUUUAAGGCCUAUCUUUUUAAUGCAACAGAGAUGCAGUGUCCAGUAGUUUGUUGAUUCGGAUCGUUGUUUUGGAUGAGAAUGAUGCUGCUGGGGGCGAGUGGGUAAUCAAUCCGAAGGGCAACCAUUUUGUGCAGAGUGGUUUUUUUCUCAUUGUAUACAAAAUUUUGCUUUCUACACCAAUGGCGUGUUCACCAGACCAGGGAAAUGUGAUUGUUUCGGUAGUAAAAACGAGUGGUAUUCAGUGUACGGUAAGCGAAAUCUGUAAGAUGUGCGAACAGUGUUUACUGUGGGUGGUUUGUUUUUGUUAAGUUUAGAUGUUCUCAAGGAGAGCGUAACAAUGGAAAGAUACAUGCUACAAUAGUGUAUAAGAGCUAAUAUUUUGAAAUGCUUUGCGUACAGAAACAGAAACAAAAAGAGUAAUGAAAGUUGCAUACAAACAGAGAAAAAAAUACCCGCUCACAACAAAAAUCCCGUCGUUAUAGAAAGUUGAGUUUUUGUACAAGUAGUAUUUGUUCCCGGGUAGUUUUCACCAAAAAACCAGCUCAAAAUCGCUCGAUACUGCAUAACUGUCUAACCGGCCGGUUGGGAGGCACAAAUAGGAAGAUAAUACACUAAGGUAAAGGCAAAAGUUACCGACGUCCAGCGAAAGAACGGGCAAGAGAUAAGCGGAGCGAUAAUGGGUGCGAUAUGGUUCGUAGUGAUAAAACGCUUCAGAUUUUUUGGUUUCGUUUGGUGGAUUCCUUUCUUCUUGUUUUUUUUAUAAUAUACCUUUGACGUUGCUAAACAUUAUGUAGCGACAGGGAAUGAUGGGAGAAAGCGUUUUGGAACAAAUGUGAACAGUACACUGAUAAGUGCCGGAUGCGUGAGAUAGGCAAAGCAAGCAAAUGUAAGAUCGAUCAAGUGCGAUGAUUGAUGGGUGUGAGGGUACAGGAGAAGGGAGAAGGUGGAAUAAAAUUCGUAUUGAUCCCUAGAGAAUUUAUAAAAAAAACUCGGUAGACGGAAAAAGACAAAAAAAAAGUGAAUGAAAGAAGAAAAUAUAUAAGUAUACCUAUUUAAUAAAUGCGAGCAUAAUGUGUACAAUCGCAAACAAAA